AUGAUGACAAUGAGAAGACAUCGUUAUUACCAGUCUGUUCUCGCUCUACUAGUGAUACAAAUAUUACAGCAUUGCUCUGCUGUUGCUGCUGGAAAUGAUGUAGAAAUUGCAGCAAAGAAUCUAAUUGCUUGGAUUUCCACCUUAGACCAUGGAUUUUUCAAUGACAAGCAAGGGCUGGUCGACGGUAACAAGCUGGUGGCUACCAAACCAAUUAAAAAGGGUGAAUUGCUGCUGCAAGUUCCCUGGGACGCUAUUCUCAUGGAUGAAAAUGUCUUGCAAGCCGAAAUCAAUUGCGAUUUGGUGCAUCGAUUGGCGCAUGAAUUGGCAGCAGCAGCAGCAGCAACAACAACAACAAAAAACAACGACGAAGAAACCAAUCCAUACAUUCAAUAUCUGGCAUUGCGAAAGAGACAUCAAAUACCCAGUGAUUUUACUGAUUUUGGCAAGGAAAUCUUGAUGGAUCUAUUGUCCUAUACCACAUCCGAAUUGCCACCCCAAGAACCCUUUAGUUGGCUCGACGAAGAUUGGUACGGCAAGGAUGGCUGUCAAGGAGAUCCUUCCGAUGAUGUUGCCAAGCAGGCGGCCAUGCUAUACGUUCAACUGCAAUACAAUGACAUGAUGGUGCCAAUAUACGACUUUUAUCGACACCGGAAUGGACCCAAAUACUACAAUACCUUUGUGGUUCGUGAUAUGAACAAUAACAACAACAACAACAACAACAAUAAGGGCAUGCAAGUGGCCGCGUUGAGAGACAUUGAGGUGGGUGAAGAGUUGCACCAAUCCAUUAAUCAAUGUCAUGAUUGUCACGAAAGUUAUCAAAUGUAUGGAUCUUCGGAACUCUUCCGCGACAAGGGAAUCAUUGAAGAGUUUCCACAGCGAUGGGUCAUUGAUCCCGAUUCCAUUGUCUUUGAAUUGCAUCAAAAUGACAACAAUGACGGCAAGAUUGAUGUCCAUUGGGUCACGCCGCUUCCAUAUUUUGAAGGAUACCUACGGGAACUCAUCAAGCGUCUGGAAAGUAGUGUCUUUCAUUUGCAUUUCAUGAGGACCCGGGCAUUUAAUCUAUAUCAAGAUCAAGUCCAAGACCAACAAGAAUGGGACUUGAUUUGGGAAUACAAUCGUCAAUUGGCCAAUGCCUUGGCUUAUGCUCACAAUGAUAUAGAUGAUGUCGAAGAGACUCACUACAUGCCCAUUAUUGCAAAAGGUGGUGAGGAAGUUUGCAUGUUACUGGAUUCGUCUGCGGAAGCGGGUGGUCAAUGUUAUCCCCGCAUGAUCAAUCACUAUGACGAAAUGGAGGACGAACAGGAUGAUUUGGAUUACAUUAGUCCUACUUGUGACAAUAGUGAAUGGAUGGAGUUUGUGGGAUAUGAAACCUUGGAGGAUAUCCAAACUUCAUAUCAGCAUGCUUUGUUCAAUCGACACAAUGAGACUGGUGAUGUUUGCAUGGACAUUGAUGAGAUUGUCCAAAUUUGUUCUUCCUAUCGGCCCCAAUACCACGAAUACUCGGCCAAUUAUGCAGCUCGCUUUUUGGACUCGGUCAAGAGGGUUCUCUUUGUGGGAGGUGGUGAUUCCAUGCUGUUGCACGAAGCACUCAAAUACAAGAAUUUGGAAAAGGUGGUCGGCUUGGAGUUGGAUCAAGUGAUUACCAGAAAGUCAUUCAAGUAUUUCCAUACCCAACCACAUUUUGACGACGACCGUGUCGAGUGGUGGUUUGGUGAUGCUACCAAGAGUCUUUUGCUUCUGUCCAAAGACUAUUGGCAAUCCUUUGAUUUGGUGCUGGUGGAUUUGUCAGAAACUGCCAUGGCCCUGUCCGUCACGACAGAACUUGAUGUCUUUGCGGCAUUGGCACUCUUGCUCAAGCCAGAAGGAAUCAUGGUCAAGAACGAGUUAUACAUUGAUGAAAUGAGUGAUGUCUUUGAUUACACGGUGCAAAUUAAGUAUGAUUCUCCCAAGAUUUGUAGCCAAAUCAUGGCAUUGGGUUCCAAUCGUGCCGAUUUCUUUCACAAGUUACAAACGGAUCAUGGAGUUCACAAUUAUCUAUUGGAUCCUGUCGACGAGAUUGAAGAUAGAUUCGAGUACAUGCAUGACUACCGAAAGAACAAUGCCCGUGCCGACGGAAAGUGCGACUCCCUUCCACAAGCCAAAGAUGUUGCAGAACAAGGUCGUAGUGCAGGAAUUUUACAUGUAUUGGAUAUUGAAGACGUCAAGGGGGAAGUGCGCCUGGAUGAAUCCAUUGCCGACGCUGUGAAAAAGGCCGGCUUGAAACAUGUGUCGACCCAAACCUCUACAAGUAAGUCGACUUUGCUGGCCGCUGUCAUCCUGGAAGAAGGAUACGUCUUGGCGCGCCAUUGGACGGACCGCAACUAUGUCGCUAUUGACGUGAAUUUGUGGGGAGCCUUUCAUGCAUUUGAUGAGUUACAAACACUUCUAUUGGCGGCUUUCAAUUCAAAGUCUCUUUCCGCGUUCCGAGUAGUCGUGGGAGGAAUGUACGGAUCAUCAACAUGGCGAGAAGACCAAGCAAAGAUUGGUCCUCAGAUUGUUCAGUUUCGAAAUUGUGAUGAAAAGGCAACCAUUGAGUCAUCAGAUCAGGCAGUGGUGGUUUCAGGGCUGACAGAAGCUGCCGUUGAGGAAUUUUUGAAGAUUGCACCAUCAAACAGCUCAUCCUUGACAGUUGGUAUCGUCUGUGGCUACGAGGAUGACGACGACUGCGCAAUCAAAGACAUUUUGGAUAAGUUACCUAUCGCCUCCAAGGUAGUUACUUUCUGGACAUGCCCUGGUUUGAAGCAUAUGCAUGUUAAUGAUGAGGAGGACGAGGAAGAGGACGACUUGAGUCCUGAGCAGUUGUCACACAUGUUUGUAUGCGAGAAGGCUAUGAUGGCUAAAUUGAAAGAACUGAAGGAAAAUGAUAAAAAUUUGGAUGCUUUUGCGUUAGAUGGAUCUGUAACACGCGAAAUGAUCCAGAUUUUCAACAGUAUCUGGGGCAUUGCCAAGUUCAGAGAAUGGUACACGAAUCCCAACCAGAACCUUUUCUUCGGCAUGUCAUUCAAGAGUGAUGAAGUAGAGCACUCUAUCCACCACAACUUUCUCGAUCGGUAUCGAAGAGAUGUCCGGUACGACCCGGCGGCUCAUGCCAAGUUUCUGGCCCAAGACGGGAACAUUGAAAUCGAAUUUGACGUUGUGACUGUUGGGGAUAACUCUAUUUUCCAAAGCCUCGCAACUGCAGAGGGCAAUAUCAAAUCGCGACUAGAGGGCAAAAAUGCUGAUAUUGAACUCGUUAGAAUCAAUGGCGCGCAGUGGAACUAUCGGGAGGAACUACAGCCGAGAGAGUUUUCGCAGGCAGACUACGAUGAGGAGCCUGGAAAACUGCAGUACAGCGAACAAGAGCCUUUCGGAAGAGAAACAUUGCUUCAAUUUGAUUUCAAGGAUGAUGUGACGAUGCCUUCUCUUGACAUCUUUGCAUCGCAACUGAAAGAAGCGUUGCCGAAAGCUGGUUUCACCGAGAUCGAAUAUCGCGUUGAUCACAGCGUCGGUGAAGGUGGCGUGCUUUCCUACGUUGCCAAAGAGGGGAGCGUGAUUAUUGUUUGGGACGGAAGAUUACAUGUGGACGUGAAUCUUUUCCGAUUUGACGACAGAGUGGAGCUGGCGGACUCUUUCUUGAAUUUGUUUCUUGCAACGAGUGGUCGCAUACUGACUCUUGGUCUACGUGACGAUUUCCCGCGAGGUACAGGGCGAGUCGUGAACUUCCAGAACGACAUUACAGCUGAAUCAUCUUAG